AUGAACAACUGCUACUCACCGACCGACGCAGCCGAUGAGUGCGAAUUAAAUGCAUUCUACUAUCAGUUGGAGGAAGUCAUUCGCAACGAUAAAGUAAAUCAUAAAUUUGUUGUUCGAGACUUCAACGCCAGAAUAGGAAAGGCCAACGAGAGCGAAUACAGGAUCGGAAAUUUUGGAUUAGAAGAAAGAAAUGAGAAUGGAACCGUCUCGCAGGACUCCUGUCAGCAGCACGUCUCUUCCAUGGAAACUCGUUUUUCCGAAAGAAAGAGAGCCGCCGCUGGACAUGGGAGCCACCUACCUGCAUGA